AAAUCAUGGCUCCGCUGCUGGGGCCUAAACGUAGUUUACCUGCAGACGACUUCCCCGUUCGUCUCUUCGCUCUCCACCAGUGAAAAUCUCUCUCUCAUCGAAUUUAUUCAUUGAUCCUUCCUCUCACACUCUCUCCCCCUCUCUCUAUUUUAUCAUCAAUUCAAUCAAUUUCAUUCGCGGGUUUUGAACGGCUUGUUGCAUCGGGUGGGAUUAUGCAGUUAUCUGUUUUCGCAAGCUUUUGAAAGCCUCAAUCCCAAGUUUCAAAAUUUCCGAAGUAUUGAAAUCUGCUUAACUAAAAAAUCCCAACACUUUGGCAUAGUAAUCGGAUCAUAGCGUAUCGAUCCUCAAGGAAGCACAGAAACUGAAGUGGUCGUUGAUUCAGAGUCUGAAAGAUUUAUUCAUGUACUCGUUCUUAUGGAUGUUUGAAGACUAUAUUGGAGGUUUUCAGAGAUUACGAGUGAAACCGACUUUUAUUUUUUAUGCUCACCGGAAAAUUAUCCAGGAUUCAAAAACUAUCCUUGCUUCAUCUACAAUGUCUGAAAACCGAAAUGGUCCCAAUGGCAAGGCCUCGGGAGGAGCCAGUGCCUACAGUAUCAAUCUGAGUACCUUUGGGAAGCGGUUAAAAAUGCUUUAUUCCCACUGGAAGGAACACAAUGAUGAUCUUUGGGGUGCUUCUGAAGUUCUUGCAAUUGCAACGCCUCCACCAUCCGAAGACUUGCGUUAUUUGAAAUCAUCAGCUCUGAAUGUAUGGUUGGUUGGUUACGAGUUCCCUGAUACAAUUAUGGUUUUCAUGAAGAAGCAGAUCCAUUUCUUGUGUAGUCAGAAGAAGGCCUCUUUACUUGAAGUUGUGAAGAAGUCUGCUAAGGAGGUUAUGGGUGCAGAAGUUGUGGUGCAUGUGAAGACCAAAAGCGACGAUGGAACUGCAUUAAUGGAAACCAUAUUCAAAGCCGUGCGUGCUCAGUCAAAGUCGGAUGGUCAUGAUACUCCUGUGGUUGGGUAUAUUGCAAGAGAGGUCCCCGAAGGGAACCUUUUGGAGUCAUGGGCUGAAAAACUAAAGAAUUCAGAUUUUCAACUCAGUGACAUUACCAAUGGGUUUGCGGACCUAUUUGCAGUGAAGGACAGUGAUGAGAUUACUAACGUGAAGAAAGCUGCGUACUUAACUUCGUCAGUGAUGAAGCACUUUGUGGUCCCGAAGCUUGAAAAAGUCAUUGACGAGGAGAAGAAGAUCUCCCAUUCUUCCCUUAUGGAUGACACAGAAAAGGUCAUACUUGAACCUGCAAAGGUUAAAGUGAAGCUCAAGGCGGACAAUAUCGAUAUCUGUUACCCUCCAAUUUUUCAAAGCGGAGGAGGGUUUGACCUCAAACCAAGUGCUUCUAGCAACGAUGAGAACCUUUACUAUGAUUCUACUAGCGUGAUCAUAUGUGCUAUUGGGUCCCGUUACAACAGCUACUGCUCCAAUGUUGCGCGAACAUUCUUAAUUGAUGCCAAUGUUGUCCAAAGCAAGGCGUAUGAGGUUCUCCUUAAGGCUCAUGACGCAGCUAUUGGUGCAUUGAAACCAGGGAAUAAAGCUGGCGCUGCAUACCAAGCCGCCGUAUCAGUAGUUGAGAAGGAUGCUCCUGAAUUUGUAACAAACUUGACGAAAUCUGCUGGGACUGGGAUUGGCCUUGAGUUUCGCGAGUCAGGGCUUAGUCUGAAUGCAAAGAAUGAUAGGGUACUUAAACCAGGCAUGAUUUUUAAUGUAUCCCUUGGUUUUCAGAAUUUGCAGGCUGAAACCAAGAACCCAAAGACCCAAAAUUUCUCUGUUCUGCUCUCUGACACGGUUAUUGUUUCUGGCAUUAGUCCAGAAGUGGUGACUUCUAUAAGUUCUAAAGCCGUCAAGGAUGUGGCAUACUCAUUUAAUGAGGAUGACGAAGAAGAAGAAGAAGAAAAGCCAAAAGUGAGAUCUGCAGCUAAUGGUUCCAAGGCAUCAUUGCCAUCAAAGGCAACCUUAAGGUCAGUCAACCACGAGAUAUCAAAGGAGGAGCAGCGGAGGCAACAUCAGGCUGAACUUGCACGUCAGAAGAAUGAAGAAACUGCUAGGAGGCUUGCUGGCGGGGGUUCUGGCUCAAUGGAUAAUCGUGGUGGUGUGAGAACAUCCGGGGAGUUGAUUGCGUACAAGAGCGUUAAUGAUUUACCCCCUCCUAGAGAUUUGGCAAUACAAAUUGAUCAGAAAAGGGAAGCCAUAUUGUUACCAAUUUAUGGAAGCAUGGUCCCUUUCCAUGUUGCGAUGAUAAAAAGUGUGUCUAGUCAGCAGGAUACGCAUAGAAGUUGCUACAUUCGAAUUAUUUUUAAUGUACCGGGGACUGCUUUCAAUCCACAUGACACAAACUCCUUGAAAUUCCAAAGUUCCAUUUACAUUAAGGAAGUGUCGUUCCGAUCCAAGGACCCAAGGCACAUUAGUGAAGUGGUACAGCUGAUUAAAACCCUUCGCAGGCAGGUUACUUCAAGGGAGUCUGAGAAAGCUGAGAGAGCAACAUUAGUUAGUCAGGAGAAGCUUCAAGUUGCUGGGGCCAAAUUUAAGCCAAUACGGUUAUCUGAUCUAUGGAUCCGUCCUGUGUUUGGUGGUCGCGGAAGGAAGCUCUCUGGUACACUGGAAGCCCACACUAAUGGUUUUAGGUAUUCAACUUCUAGGCCUGAUGAACGUGUCGAUGUCAUGUUUGCCAACAUCAAACAUGCAUUUUUCCAACCGGCAGAGAGGGAGAUGAUUACUCUGCUUCACUUUCAUCUCCAUAACCACAUAAUGGUGGGAAACAAGAAAACAAAGGAUGUGCAAUUCUAUGUUGAGGUGAUGGAUGUGGUUCAAACACUUGGGGGUGGAAAAAGAUCCGCCUAUGACCCUGAUGAGGUCGAGGAAGAACAGAGAGAGAGGGACAGGAAGAACAAAAUCAACAUGGACUUCCAAAACUUUGUGAAUCGAGUGAACGACCUGUGGGGCCAAACCCAAUUCAAAUCACUUGACUUGGAGUUUGACCAGCCCUUUAGAGACCUUGGAUUCCAUGGUGUGCCCCACAAAGCUUCGGCUUUUAUUGUCCCAACUUCAAGCUGUCUAGUUGAGCUGAUAGAGACACCGUUUGUGGUAAUCACCCUGAAUGAGAUUGAGAUAGUUAAUCUGGAGAGAGUAGGUCUGGGGCAGAAGAAUUUUGACAUGACCAUUGUUUUCAAGGACUUCAAGCGAGAUGUUUUUCGGAUUGACUCUAUCCCUUCAACCUCUUUAGAUGGCAUCAAGGAGUGGCUUGACACAACAGACCUCAAGUAUUAUGAAGGCAGGCUAAAUCUAAACUGGCGACCCAUAUUGAGAACUAUCACUGACGACCCAGAAAAGUUCAUUGAGGAUGGUGGGUGGGAAUUCUUGAACAUGGAGGCUAGUGAUUCAGAUUCUGACAACUCGCAAGAGUCAGACCAUGGAUAUGAGCCUUCUGAUGCGCAGUCUGACUCAGGUUCAGAGGAAGAGGACGACGACAGCGCGUCAUUGGUGGAGUCUGAGGAUGACGAUGAAGAGGAGUCCGAAGAAGGUUCAGAGGAGGAUGAAGGGAAAACAUGGGAAGAGUUGGAAAGGGAAGCGAGUAGGGCAGACAGAGAGAAAGGGGAUGAAUCAGACAGCGAGAAUGAGAGAAAGCGAAGGCAGAUUAAGACUUUUGGAAAGGCUAGGGUGCCCGAUAAAAGAAUUCCCAGUGGUAGCCUUCCUAAGAGGCCCAAAUUCAGGUGAACAGAUAGGAACUGGAACUGGGACCGAUGAUAAAAAAAGAUAGGAACUGGGACCUGCCACCAGGCUCUUGCCUUUUUUCAUAAGUUAUGGAGUGGCACCAGUAGCUGUGGAAGAUACUUGUGUGACCGAAUGUGGAACAGGUCUUUGAUCCCAAGUCACAACGAUAUAUGAAAAGUACAUGGUUCUUUCAUUAUUCUCAUGUAUUGCAGCCUCUUUCAGUCUUGUAAGAUAAGUCAAGUCUUGUACUUGUAACAUGGUGAGUGCUAAGCUAUAGGGAAGAAGAACUUUGUGUGUUUCUGGUUAUUUCUUUGGCCGUUUUUUUUUAAUUUUAAUGUGUCAGCUGUCUUUUUGCUCCUGUGAUUGACGCAUGGAAUGGCUUCAUUAGCAUCUUCAUUGUUCUGGGAUGGUUAUAGUACUUUGACGAUUUAACUGGCAUCUUUACAGCAUCGGGGUUUGCAGCAUGUAGAACAAAAGGUAGAUAUUAUGAACUGCAGUGUCAAAAGUCGGGGCUACACUUGCUUGUGGGUCAUUCUAUCCUUGGAUACAGUACAGUGGAAUGCAUAUGUCAGGAGGCGAUGAUGCAUACAGUGCCUGUAAGUCGUGGUGACUCCAUACACAAUCACCACAUGUCUACGCUCCGUAGAGGGUGAAGAUGAUCUCCGCAGCAGGAAACGUCUGGUUUGGUUGAACAUAUGAUCCAUACAGUGCCAGUAAGUCGUUGGGUGGUGACUCCAUACACAAUAAAUGUACAUGUCUACAUUCCGUUGAGGUUGAAAAUGAUCUCCGCCGCAAGGAAACCUAUGGUUUGUUGAAGAUAAUCUCAGCAGCAGGAAACCUAUGCGUACAGUGCCUGAAUUGUCUCAUGAUCUAAAUGUCAGAGUAUAUGAUGCUAGAGCUUCUUGUAUUAAACAGCUGACUGAAUUCCACAUUAACCUUUGUCUGCAGAUGAAACGAGUGAAGUUUUACCUUGUAUAAAUGCAGAUUUUGUUUGUACAACCAGA